AUGACCGAGGGAGCCGCCGCAACUGACGUUCCGAUGGAGCACGAAGUCGAGACGUUCGCCUUCCAGGCUGAGAUCGCUCAGCUUAUGAGCCUCAUCAUAAACACGUUCUACUCGAACAAGGAGAUCUUUCUGAGAGAACUCAUCUCCAACGGUUCUGAUGCUUUGGACAAGAUUCGUUACAUGAGUCUCACUGACCCCUCAGUGCUGGAUACGGAGAAGGAGUUGUGCAUCAAGAUAAUUCCCGACAAGGCUAAGGGCACCUUGACUAUAAUCGAUACUGGCGUGGGGAUGAAGAAGGCGGACUUGGUGAACAACCUUGGUACUAUUGCACGUUCGGGCACGAAGGCAUUCAUGGAGGCGUUGAACGCUGGUGCCGACAUCUCCAUGAUUGGCCAAUUCGGUGUGGGUUUUUACUCGGCGUACCUAGUGGCAGACAAGGUGCAGGUGAUCUCGAAGAACAAUGAUGACGAGCAGUACCUGUGGGAGUCUUCAGCCGGUGGUUCAUUCACUAUUCGGCAGUACGACGAGGAGCCACUAGGACGUGGGACUAAGGUGAUUCUCUACAUAAAGGAGGAUCAAUCGGAGUACUUGGAGGAGCGUCGAAUUCGUGAAGUGAUCAAGAAGCACUCGCAAUUCAUAAGCUAUCCAAUAAAGUUGUAUGUGGAGAAGGAGAGGACGAAGGAGGUGUCGGACGACGAGGAGAUGAAGGAAGAUGAGAAGGCGGAAGGUGGGGAUGCUGAGGCGGCGGAGGAGGAGGAGGAGAAGAAGAAGAAGGGUGAUGAGCAGCCUGACGUGGAGGAUCUGGACGAGGAU